AUUCUAUUAAAAGCAGUUGUUUAUGGGGGACAGUAAUGUUGUCUGAUCUAGAGACGUGUAGAAAGGGAGGCUUAGGCUGUGGAUUUCAAAAUUGGCUGGUUUUGAGGAACUCGAGUCUACUUUCUAGUGAGGUCUUGAGAGAUCAUGUAUGACAGCAAGAAAAAAAAUAUUAUAAUUCCUCUGUUUUUUAUGCAUUUCAAGAUAGUGAUGGAACAACAGGAUCUUGUAAAGGUGAAUUUAGAAAUUCUGAGCUGACAUUUUAAGGGAGGUAUCUGUGAGUUUCUUCUUUGUAUCAAGUGAGCAGUGCAUACAAGCAUGCAUCUCCUGUGGCUGAAUAGAUUGUGUUCAUCACAGCAUCCCUUUUCAUCCUGUUCUCUUCUGCAUUCUCAGAAUUGUGUUUGCUUAGCGAAAAUGCCAAGAAAAUGCAAACUGUAAAAUUAUACCCUCCCACUCCCAAAGUUAAGCAUUAUACCUCUAAUGAUGCUAAAUCAACUGGUAGCCAUUAGUCAGUCAGGUGACUGUAUGAGGUUCAUUUUUUCUGGUUUUGUUUAAAAAAUACUUGAAAGAGGCUUGUUGUGUUCAACACAACUCAGACAGAUAGUAAGAGUGACUGUGUUGUUCCUGUAAGAAACUCCAAAAUCAUGAAUAUCUCUAGCAUGCAGCUGACUGGUUUACUCUGGGGGUAGGCUGGAGGACAGGGGAAUUGUCUCUGCUUCCAGCCAGGGUAAAUAAUCUGAUAACAGAAUGCCCUUUAAACUUGGGACUCAGGAGGUUGUGAGGGGAACAGUGAUCAGCAAGUUUAAAGUGUUCCAUAAGCUUGUUGCCUGAUUUCACUGUAAAAUGAUAAAUUACUGAUGGUAAAGUGUAUCAAAUGGAGGUAGAAUCCUGCCAGUCUAGUGCUAAGGUAUUUGGAGAACUAAAAUAAAUGAAAAUAGUUUUUCCAGUGAAUCAACUUGUUACAAAAUACCAUAGACAUCGAGGCAUUUGUUGAAUACCUUUGAAAAUUCAGUUAAUUAUUUACAAAAGUAAUACUUAGGGAGUUUUCACAGGUAGUGGGAACUGUAGAUGGAGACAGUAAUGAAGAUGAGAUUGAAAAGCUGUUUUUUCUUCCUAGUUAUGGUGUGUUCAGGGAAGCUUUUUGCAGAAGAUACACCUUGUGAUUUGCCACAGAUAGAAAAUGGAAACCUUGCCCAGUACUAUUACAGUUUCAAAAGUUACUAUUUCCCUAUGCACAAAGGAAAAAAACUCUCCUAUUCUUGUAUGGUUGGUUACACGACUGAAACUGGGACUCAAGAUGGAAGAAUAACUUGUACAGCAAAAGGAUGGUCUCCAGUGCCACAAUGCUACAGAAAAUGCAGCAAGCCUCUUUUGGAAAAUGGCUCUUUUUCCAGCACAGAGAUGGACUUCAAAAUCCAUGAGAAAUUGCAAUACAAAUGUAAUCCAGGCUACCACACCCUGAGUGGUGGUACUGAAGAUACAGUGCAGUGUCAGCCACAAGGAUGGUCCUUCCAGCCAAGCUGUACUAAAAAACUUGAGUCAUGUCAGGUGCCCAAGUUACGCCACGGCAGCUACUCCAGGGCCCUGCAGGAGGUGCAGCUGAACGGGACGCUGCAGUACUGGUGUGAGGAGGGAUAUCGCACCGCGGCGGGGAACGCCUCUGAGGCAGCGCUGUGCCUCGCACACGGCUGGGACCUCACCCCCAGCUGCACCAGAAUAACUUGCUCCUCUUUGAGUGAAGUUGCUCAUGGAGGUUUUCAUCCUGUGAAGAAAUUCUAUGAAGAAGGAGAUGUAGUUCACUUUUUCUGUGACAAACAUUAUUCUGUCACCGGAUUUGACUUAAUUCAGUGUUACAAUUUUGGGUGGUAUCCAGACCCUCCAGUGUGUGAAGAUGUAAAAAAUAAAUGUCCUCCACCACCACUCCCUCAUGGCCAUAUCAGCACAGCCAGAAGAACACAUCGUAAUGGAGACAAAGUUCGUGUGCAGUGUACCUUGGGAAGAAGAGGAUCUGAGGAAAUCCAGUGUGAAGGAGGAAAAUGGACAUCACCCUCUGUCUGUAUUGGAACUGUGGAUAAACAGGAAUCUGAGGCACCACCACCACUCGAGGCAGAUGCAGAAAUAAAGGCAAGCCAAACACGUCGCAAUGAAGAUAUGAAAGUGCAGCAAGACUGUGCCUCUCCACCUGUGAUUAAAAAUGGUGGUGUCCUGGGCCCACUAUUGGCAAGCUACAAAAAUGGUUCCUCAGUAGAAUAUGGCUGUCAGCGUUACCACUUUUUGGAUGGGCCCAGUAGUGUCUACUGUGACCAUGGGAACUGGACAGAGCAACCAACCUGCUUAGAACCGUGUACUCUUAAUGUAACUGAUAUGGACAGCAACAACAUAACAUUGAAAUGGAGACGGGAAGAAUUAAUUUUCCUUCAUGGAGAUCUCAUAGAGUUUGAAUGUAAACAGGGAUAUGAUUUUCUCCAGAUUGCCAUUCCAUCUCCUGGGAGGACACGGUGUGACCAUGGCAGACUGAAAUAUCCAAAAUGUGUUAUUCAAGCUGCUACAGAAAAAUGUGGCUCUCCACCAUCUAUUGCAAAUGGAGCUCUUACUCUCCCAGCACUGCCCCAGUAUGACAGUGGUUCUUCAGUUCAGUAUAUUUGCUCUGACUAUCAUUUUUUGCAAGGCUCUGAGAGAAUCUACUGCUCUGAAGGACAGUGGACUUCGCCACCAGUUUGUAUAGAGCCAUGUACUUUGUCAAAAACUGAAAUGGAGAAAAAUAAUGUGCUGCUGCAAGCAUUCUAUGCAGAUCAAGUUUACUUUUACCACGGGGAUUAUGUUGGAUUUUACUGUAAACGGAACCAUUUUGGAGCAGAAUCUGGCACAACUUUAUUUCAAGUACAGUGUAAGAGAGGACAGCUGGCAUAUCCAAGGUGUGUUGAAAGAGGACAACAAGUAUGGACUUGAGGAAAGCCUGUAGGAAAGAGAAAUCUGGGUGAAAUGGAGAGAAGGGGAUUAAAAGGCCCUUGCUGGAACAGCUGCUGGAAGUAGAAUUCAUUUAGCCCCAUCACUUCCUCUGGAUGUACACACAACACUGGCUGUGAGCACAGGACAGGAUCAGGGGCAUUGCAGACAUGAAGGCAGCAUCUUGUUGAUGAACCUGGAGGCAAAGAACGCAUCGCAUACUCGAGCUUCGUGUGGGGCUGCUGCCACUCACUCACCUACCUGUUUUAGUGACAUGCCACAUUUUCUCAUUCAUUGUUUUAAUCCUAGUGUAGUAAUAGAAUACCUUCUUGUGACCCUUGAUGGCCCUUGCAAGUGCCACUCUGAGCUUUUUUCUAACAUUAUCCAUACAUGCCACAUCACUGCCAUGGACAGCUCACCUUGGAGCCUGUUUCUGCCUCAAUCCCCUGUACAUUGAUACCUUUUCUGCUUCAGAGAUCUCUGUGAAGUCUCUGAUUAGAUAAGCCAGUCAAGGUAAAUGUGUUUUUCCUCCUGAAGAUGAUAAUUGAAUAAUCUUGUGCUUGCAGGAUCCUGUGCUUCAAGACUUACAAGCUUUUCUCAACUCCUGUGAGUCCCAAGCAAUCCCAUCUACUCUUUUCCUAAAUAAGUCAAAUUCUGCUCUCCUAAGGUGCAUGAUUUGUACUCUGGUACUUGCUUUUUUCUCCCCAUUCUGAAUCAUGAACUGCAUUAGUACGCUGUUACCACAGCCACGCUGCCACUGACUUCCACAGGCACGUCCUCCUUGUUUGUGAAGGGCAGAUGGGGCUGGGGGUGGCACAGACUGGCCCAUCCAAGGCCUGGACCAGGAUGCAGUUCCCACAUUCACCUAGAAACCCCAAUUAUUUGCACCCCAACGUCUUGCCCUUGCAGGAAAUAUCUGGCUCAAGUCCCCCGGAACUGCUUCUGGCUAGAGACUUCCUUGAGUUGUUCAAAGGAGGCUCCACUUGCUCUUUCUGCUCAGGCACUCAGGACACUCACCCCAGGCUCAUUUCCAAGCAAGUGGAAGAAGGUAGGAAUAGACAAGGCCAAACACACUCUGUGCGCUGAUAAUCAAAUUAGCUGUGAGCUUUAAUUCUUGUCUCAGUAUGCCACCAAAGCCAGCCUGUUUUCUGGCCACAAUUGUUAAUAAAAUAACAGUGAGA